AUGUCAAAAGCAUAUGAAAUUGUUAGCGAUGCUGCCGAAUGCACAGCAGAUGGUUGCAUUGGUGCGAAAGCUGGUACAAGAGGGUUUCAAAUGCGCAUAAAUCCCACGAGCGAUGCAGCAAAACCUUGUAAGGUCAAUGUGUUAACAAAUCCGGCAGUUGGAAAGCCUCAACCAGUAUUUCGCUUGGAUGCAGCUCAUUCACUAAACAAUGCUGCAAAUCCUGGAGCUCAUGCUCCUCAUGUAAACAUAAACCCUGCAGUUAAUACUCGUUUUGGUGUGGGUGUGGGUGUAAUGAUCAUGAUGUUUUUUCUUUGA